AAUUCACAUGUGGCCUAGCGCCGUUGCUGUGCUGCUGUGCUAGCAACAACUGGGUAAUGUGGAGCUGAGUUCCCCAGCCGAAACACCCCAUUUAAUAAAUAUUACUCGGCUGUACGCGUUUUAUUUUCACAGCUCCACCUGAGCCAACAUGCCUCCGAAGAAACCCGCCCAGCCCGCGGGGAGUAAAAAAACUCAAGAGAAGAAGAAAGAGAAGAUUAUUGAGGACAAGACAUUCGGCUUGAAGAACAAGAAAGGGGCCAAGCAGCAAAAGUUCAUCAAGAACGUCACCCAGCAAGUCAAAUAUGGACAGCAAAGUGCCAAACAGGCUGCUGCUGCGGGUGAGACCGGUAAGAAGGUCGAUAAGAAGAAGGAGUUGGAUGAACUCAACGAGCUGUUUAAACCGGUAGUCGCUGCCCAGAAAGUCAGCAAAGGUGUUGACCCAAAGUCAGUGCUGUGUGCAUUCUUCAAGCAGGGCCAGUGUACUAAAGGUGACAAGUGCAAGUUCAGCCACGAUUUGUCAAUGGAGAGGAAAUGUGAGAAGAGGAGCGUCUACGUGGACGAAAGAGAUGAAGAGCUGGAGAAAGACACCAUGGACAACUGGGAUGAAAAGAAGCUGGAGGAGGUCGUCAACAAAAAACACGGAGAGGCCGAGAAGAAAAAAGCCAAAACACAAAUUGUAUGCAAGUACUUCCUGGACGCCAUAGAGAAUAAUAAGUACGGCUGGUUCUGGGUGUGUCCGGGCGGCGCCGACACCUGUAUGUACCGACACGCUCUGCCGCCAGGCUUUGUACUGAAAAAAGACAAGAAGAAGGAGGAGAAAGAGGACGAAAUCUCGCUGGAGGAACUGAUAGAAAAUGAGCGCGCCGCUCUGGGUGCUGAUGUCACUCGGAUCACCUUGGAGACUUUCCUGGCUUGGAAGAAGAGGAAAAGGCAGGAGAAGGUGGACAAAGCGAAGGAGGAGAUGGAGAAGAAGAAGGCUGACUUCAGGGCUGGAAAAGCACUAGUGAGCGGCCGCGAGGUGUUCGAGUUCCGUCCAGAUUUGAUUGACGACGACGACGAUGAAGCCGAUGACACUCGAUAUGCCAACAAUAACGAGGAGGAGGAAGAAUAUAAGGAAGAGAUUAAUACAACAGAAGUCCAGGACAUCGACUUAUCCCGAUUUGUUCCACAAGAAGUUGACCACGAAGGCAUUACCGUCGCAGCCAUGGACCGAUUCACGUCUCGAAAGAAAACUCAGCCGAAAGUAACAGACGACGAGGAGCAGCUGAACGGAGCGUGCGGUGGCGCUGAGGCCAACGGGCUUUCGGGAGCGGAGGGAGGCGAGGAGGACGGAGAGGACGGGGGAGGGGAUGAAGACGACGAGGUGGCGGCGGAGGAGGUUCCAGUGGACGAGAACCUGUUCACGGGAGAAGAUCUUGAGGAGCUCGAUGAGGAGCUCAACACACUGGCGCUGGAGGACUGAGGGGGAGCGCGUGAGAGGGAGGGAGCGUGAGGUGGAAGUUAGGACGGACUAAGUGACAAAGGGAUGGACUGAUGGAUGCAUGGAGCUAAACAACAAAGAGACCAGAUGUUUGAACGAUUUUAAAUUUCAGAGACUCCGGUAAUAAAGCCUGAUUAUAUCAUGACAUCACUGCCUGUCUCUGCCCCCUCUGUUUCUGUAUCACCCCUCUCGCAGCCCACCAUGUCCUCAGCUUUCUGUCCAUCGGGUGUCCAGAUUUCCACAGCAGGGCCAAUUAGGGUUAAUCAGGGCCAACUCCUCAUGAAUGUGUCAGAAUUUCCAUCUCAAGAGAAUCGGGCAGCGGUUGUUGUGCACUUGUUGUUGCAUGACAUCAAAACUGCAAAUUCCUUUUUUUAAAAUUAAUUAGGCUCCAGGUGCUUCUCUAUAUGAUCAGUUAAAUAUUGAAUUGAGAGACAAUGUACAGACUUAAAAAAAAAAAGCACUAUAAGUGAGAUUGUACUGUGAGAUAAGACUUAAAUAAAUGAUCGAUGGAUGUUUGACAGAGCUGUUAAACUGUACAGGUUACGUGAAAAAUGAACAGGAGCGAUUCUGUUGUAAGAAACUGAAUCUGUUCAUAUCUUCAUCAGCUCUCAUACCAAAAUCAAAGCUGUAGUGUGAGGAUGCACUUUCAUUUUUCUGGGUUAAGAUUGUUUUCCCUCCGCAGGUCCAUAUCAUUUAUCUGAACUGAAUGCCCUGUUGAAAAUUCUUGUUAUGGAAAUUUCAUGUAACGUUUUGAAGGAAAAGUCGCCUCUAAGAUGUCAACCCUGUUUCUCAGAUCUGAUUAGUGCUGUAAUGAAGCACAGGAGGGGAAACCAAAUGGUCCCAUUAUCAGCCCAGUAUUGUAAAUAAUGUUCUCGAGUUGCCUCCUUAAGAAAUAAAAAAAUACUGUACAUCCA